GUGACGUCGGCCAAUGGGAGCGUUCCCCGUGCUGCGGGUCGAGCGUGCGCAGCGCGGGACGUGGAGGGAGAGAGAGAGACUGAGGGAGGAGCGCUCACCGCCAUGACCAGCCCGUCCAUGCUGCCGCUGCUGCUGCUGUUGUCCAUGCACCGGGUCCCAGCGGGCGCCGAGGAGCCGCAACCUGCGCUGUCUGCAGCAUCAUUCGUGCAGGAUCUGCUGCAGCGCUACGGGGGGGGCCGUGCGCUCAGCCUGGAGCAGCUGAAGUUGCUGCUGACCCGCCUGGACGUGGGGCUGGGCCGCAGCAACGGAUCGGAACCGCGCAACAACGUGUCCCGGUGCUUCAGUUCAGCCGAGCUGUUCGCCGUGCACAACCUGAGCCGCAGCUCGGUGCUGGGCGCUGCGGAGCUGAGCGCGUUCUGCCCCGCCGUGCUGCAGCAGCUCGAGUCGGCGGCGUGCGCUGCAGGGAACCUGCAGGACCAGGAGCAGCAGCAGCAGGAGACAGAGGAGAGCAGGCCCAGCUCUGCUGAAGUGUGGGGGUUUGGUUUUCUCAGCGUGUCGCUGAUAAACGUGGCCUCGCUGCUCGGUUUGCUGCUCGUCCCCUGCACCCAGAAGGCCUUUUUCAGCCGCGUCCUCACCUUUUUCAUCGCGCUCUCCAUCGGCACGCUGCUCUCUAACGCGCUCUUCCAGCUCAUCCCAGAGGCGUUUGGAUUCAACCCCCAGGAGGAUUAUUACGUCUCCAAAUCCGCCGUGGUGUUCGGGGGCUUCUACCUGUUCUUCUUUACAGAGAAGAUCCUGAAGAUGCUGCUGAAGCAGAAGGACCCGCAUCACCACGGGCACAGCCACUACAGCACGGAGCCGCUGCCCUCCAGGAAGGACCGGGAGGAGGGGGUCACUGAGAAGCUGCAGAACGGGGACCUGGACCAUAUGAUCCCCCAUGUCACCAAUGAGAUGGAGUGCAAGAGCCCACCUGGGGAUGAGAAGGUGGUGGUGGGGUCGCUCAGUGUCCAGGACCUUCAGGCCUCGCAGAGCGCGUGCUAUUGGCUGAAGGAGGUGCGCUACUCCGACAUCGGCACCUUGGCCUGGAUGAUCACCCUGAGCGACGGGCUGCACAACUUCAUUGACGGGUUGGCCAUCGGCGCCUCCUUCACCGUGUCCGUCUUCCAAGGCAUCAGCACCUCGGUGGCCAUCCUGUGCGAGGAGUUCCCCCAUGAGCUGGGGGACUUUGUCAUCCUGCUGAACGCGGGGAUGUCCAUCCGCCAGGCGCUGUUCUUCAACUUCAUGUCAGCCUGUUGCUGCUACGUGGGUUUGGCCUUCGGGAUCGUGGCCGGCAGCCACUUCUCUGCCAACUGGAUCUUCGCUUUGGCUGGAGGGAUGUUCCUGUACAUCGCAUUGGCUGAUAUGUUCCCAGAGAUGAACGAGGUGAGCCGGGAGGACGAGCAGAACGGCAGCGCGCUCAUCACCUUCGCCAUCCAGAACGCGGGGCUGCUGACGGGCUUCACCAUCAUGGUGCUGCUCACCAUGUACUCGGGGCAGAUCCAGAUCGGGUAGACCCGGCCCGAGCCCUGCACCAAGUUUCCCUUUAGCUUUUUAUCUGGGGGGUGGGAUGGGGGGGUUUCCUUUCCGACGGAACCUGUGCAGGCACUGACGUCAUGGACACUACAGGAGAGGCUUUAAAGCAAUCACGGACAACACAGACGCAAGGCAGGGGGGGAUUCUUCCCCCUUUAUUGCCAUAGGACUGAACUGACCCGGAGCUGCUCCCAGCAGCACGUUCCUCGUGUUGAAGGACAGAGUUGUGAUGCAGGAGCUGCACUGCUGCCCUGCUGCUGUGCUGUGCAAUGGGAUGCACCAUGCAAUGGGGUGCACCAUGCAAUGGGGUGCACCAUGCAAUGGGAUGCACCAUGCAAUGGGAUGCACCAUGCAAUGGGAUGCACCAUGCAAUGGGAUGCCACUGUGCAAGAUGGG